AUGUAGAAGGAAGUCCUAAGAAGAACAUAAGAGCUACCCCAGUUUACACUUAUCUUAUGAAAGAACUUCAUCAAGUGGAAAAGAAAAACAAUGAGUUGGAGGAAGAGAAGGAAACCCUGAACGAACAAAUAGAAAAGCUGAAGGAAAUUAACAAUGAGCUUAAUGUCAGCAGAGCUCAGUGGAGCAUUGAUGUAUACUGUCCCAAAGAAACAAAUGGCAGAAAGUGUGACCCUUGUCAGAAAGGAUGGCUUAAAUUCCAAACCAACUGCUAUGCAUAUAAUGAUGCAGUGGAAAAGGAUCGAAAAAACUGGACUGAAGCACGAGAAAACUGUAGAGGAAUGGUUUCAGAUCUGACUGUUGUAGAAAAUGAUGUGGAAAAGGGUGAGAUAAACAACAACUUUAGUCCUGCUAUAAAGGGCAUUAAGGGAUACUGGAUUGGCCUGAGAGCUGUUCAAGGAAAAUGGAAAUGGAUCAACGGGGCUGAACUGAUCAAUACGGGCUGGAUAAAACACAAUGCAACUGAUGGUCAGUGUGUGACUGUUCUCCAAGGCAGAGGAUGGAGAUCAGUUAGCUGUGAUGAGAAGAACGCCUGGAUCUGUGAGAAGAAGGCUUUAACUGUUAAUUAGGUCACAUUUAAAAUACUAAAAGGCAUUCAAAUGUAUAUAAACAUUAAAAUUUGAUUGCAAAUAAAAGUAAAAUAUUGAGGGAAAAAAGUUGCUCUUUUUAUGUUAGACUCAGUAAAAAUAUAUACUUAUCCACAUUUACCAAGGCUUGAUUUUUAUUUUCUGUUGCUCUCCCAAUUAAAAAUAUAUGAAGUAGUAUUUGAAAAGUCUGUAUUUGCGACUAUAGAAUAAGAAAUCAUGCUUUAAGCAGUGCGCAUCUUUAAAAUAUAUCAAAUCCUACAUCUACUGCAUAUACUGAAAAAAAAAAACUACAUUAAUGUUCCAAAAGGGAUGUUUUGUUGUGUCUCAGAUCUCCUCUCUGUACUAACGUCUUCUGAUUUCAAAUGUCUGUCCGCACUUUUUUCCUCCCUUCUAAGGUUUAUGUGCUAAAGUACCCGGUAACAAUUAUUAACAUUUAUACAAAAAGAGAUGA